UCGCUACCAUUCUCAGCCGACGUCGACGUCGCCGCUUGAAUUUUCAUUACGCUGAAAAAACGUGUCGGUCGCGGUAGAUAAAUUGAAGCGUUUAUGUAUUGUUAAUAUAAAUAAGCAUAAAGCUUUUUACAUAUAUAAAUAAAUUGCAAAAAAUUUGCUGAAACAAAAGAAGCCGCCCCUAAAAAAAACUAGGCAACAAAGUCUAACCAAAUAAAUAGUUCAACUAAAUCAAUCAAAAACUAGAGGGAAAAAUGUCUGUGAUUGGCAUCGAUUUCGGUAACGAGGGCUGCUAUGUAGCGGCAGCAAGGUCUGGCGGCAUCGAAACCUUGGCUAAUGACUACAGUCUGCGUGCAACGCCCUCCUUUGUGGCCUUCGAUGGCAAGAAGCGCAUCAUUGGCGUGGCGGCCAAGAACCAGCAGGUGACAAACAUGAAAAACACAGUUGGCGGCUUUAAGCGUCUGCUUGGCCGCAAAUUCAACGAUCCACAUGUACAACACGAACUCAAGAGCAUUCCAGCACGCGUUGAGGAGCGUAACGAUGGCAGCAUUGGCAUCAAAGUCAACUAUCUGAACGAGGAUCAGCACUUCUCCCCCGAACAACUGACUGCCAUGCUGUUCACCAAACUGAAGGAGACCUCGGCAUCGGCCAUGCAAACGCAGGUCAAUGACUGUGUCAUUGCCUGUCCCGUAUUCUUUACCAAUGCCGAGCGUCGUGCCCUCCUCGAUGCCGCCCAAAUCGCUGGCCUCAAUGUCCUUCGCCUGAUGAACGAGACGACGGCGACAGCGUUGGCCUAUGGCUUCUAUAAGAACGAUUUGUUCGAGGAUAAGCCACGCAAUGUGAUCUUUGUUGAUUUUGGCCAUUCGGCGCUGCAGGUCAGCGCUUGUGUCUUCACCAAGGGUAAACUGAAGAUGAUCGCCAGCAGCUGGGAUCAGAUUGGUGGGCGAGACUUUGAUCUGGCGUUGGCCGAAUACUUUAGCAAGGAGUUCCUCGAACGUUACAAGAUCAAUGCUAAGACCAAUGCACGCGCUAAUCUGCGUCUCUUGACCGAAAUUGAGAAGCUCAAGAAGCAGAUGUCGGCAAACAGCACCAAACUGCCAUUAAACAUUGAAUGCUUUUUGGAUGACAUCGAUGUCAGCUCAUCCAUGCAACGUUCACAAAUGGAGGAGCUUGUCGCUCCCGUCUUGGAACGUGUGGAGCAAACAUUCAGAAAGCUGUUGGCCGAAUCGAAGUGGUCCGUCGAUGACAUUGACUCGGUGGAAAUUGUGGGCGGCAGCACUCGCAUACCAUCGAUCAAGCAGCUCAUUGAGAAGGUAUUCAACAAGCCGGCGAGCACCACACUUAAUCAGGAUGAGGCUGUGUCCCGUGGCGCUGCCCUGCAAUGCGCUAUCAUGUCGCCAGCGGUGCGUGUCCGUGAAUUCGGUGUGACUGAUAUACAGAACUAUGCGGUCAAAGUACUUUGGGAUGCCGAAGGUUCAGCGUCGAAUGCCGAAGUUGAAAUCUUUCCCCAAUUCCAUGCAUCACCGUUCAGCCGUUUGGUGACAAUUGCGCGCAAGAGUCCGUUCAGCGCAUCCAUUGUUUAUGGCCAGCCUGUGCCGUAUCCGGAUCAAACCAUUGGUGUUUGGAAGAUCAAGGAUAUCAAACCAACGGAACGUGGUGAGAGUCAGGAAGUGAAACUGAAAGUGCGCAUCAAUCAAAAUGGUAUUGUGCUGAUUUCAUCGGCCACACUGGUCGACCGCAAGGAACUGGAAGAGGCUGCUGCCGCCACUGGAGAGCAGGCUGCUGGCGAGGAGAAGGCCACCGGUGAGCAGCCGGCUGCCAACUCUGGCGAGCAAGCGGAUGCUCAGCAGGAGGCAUAUUGUGAGAAUGAGGAUGAUAAUAAUACAUCAACAGCCUCAUCACCUGGCGGACAAGGGUGGGCACAGCGGGUCAAGGGCUGGUUUGGUUCGGGCAAUGAUAAGGCUAAGAAGAAGACCAUUAAGGCCGUUGAGCUGCCUAUGGAAAUAGUUACCCAUGGAUUCUAUCCCAAUGAAUUGGCCAACUAUUCGCAGCAGGAAGCUAAGAUGAUUGGCAAUGAUCAGAAGGAAACCGAGCGUAUUGAUGCCAAGAACGCAUUGGAGGAGUUUGUUUACGAUAUGCGUAACAAGUUGCAGGGUGGUCCUCUGGAGCGUUAUGUGGUUGAGGCCGAACGCGAAGCGAUUGUGGCGCAGCUGAAUGAUCUCGAGAACUGGCUGUAUGAGGAUGGCGAGGAUUGCGAGCGUGAGAUUUACACCAGUCGACUGUCGACACUGCAACAACAAACGGAUCCCAUCAAGCACCGUUCCCAGGACUUUGAGCAGUCUCCCGCUGCAUUCGAUGAGCUGAAGAACAGCAUUGCAUUUGCACGCCAAGCUGUGGCAGAAUUCCGCAAGGGUGUGGCCAAGUACGACCAUCUGACGGAAACCGAAUUCAUUAACAUUGCCGAAACUGCGGACAAGGCGCAAAAAUGGCUGGAUACCAAUUUAGUCAAGUUCACGCAAGCACCACGCACUAGCGACAGUCCUGUGCAGACAUCAGCGGUGCGCCAGGAGGUGCAGACCCUGAAUGCCUGUGUUAAUUCGGUGAUUACACGCGCGAAACCGAAGCCAGCUGCCAAGACAACAACGACACCGCCCAAGGAUGCGCCCAAUGCGGAGCAAAAUGGUGGCGAACCAAGUGCAGCCGGUGACAAAAUGGAUGUGGAUGGCAAUGCGCAGGCGGCCACCAAUGAUCCAUCUAUGGAUGUGGAGUGAGUUGUGCGCGUGCCGCGAUAUAUUUAAAUAUAAAUAUAUAUAUGUAUGGUAUUGGCUAACGAUAAACAAGAAGAACCGAUAGAUAAACUAUAAACAACAAAAAGAAACAAACAACAAAAUUAACUUAACGUAUACAAUGAAUAUGAAAGAACAACAACAAAUUGUAUAUGCACUUUUGCUUUUUCGACGCAUCAGAAUCAAAGCAAACUGGCAAACUGUAAACAACAACCGAUGAAACUACAUGUGUAAGCGUAUAAUACAAAAUGAUUUGAUUAAGCAGGCACGAUUGACAGCGAUUGGCAGUGGCAGAGACACGGUAAAAGAAAAACACAGGCAGACAACAAGCUGCGCAAAUGCAACAAUUUCUGAAUAAUACAACAAACAAAACAAAACCAACCAUUUCUAAUCGACCAUUUUUUGCAUAUAGUUGAAUAACAAAGCGACACUAAAAAGAAUGGAAUUAAAAUAAUCAAAUAAAACAAUGAUGAUUCCAAAAAGCAA